GAACUCACAUUCGCAGUUACCUCCCCUCGGGGAAAAAAAAACAGGGACUAAUCGCUUUCCAUCAGAACAAGCCGCUGCCGAAAGCUUAGAGACAGUCGCCGUCUCCAGUCCCAGCCUUCUAAAGUGGCCCGGCUACAAUUCUCAGAUGUUAUUUGGAUGAGAGAGAGAACAAAACAACAUACUUCAGAGAGUGAAUUUGGUUCAUCGGGGGCAAUAACAGCAACAACAACAGCAACAGAAAGAAGAGGGAAAAAAGGGGGAAAAAACGAAGCACAAUCGGUGCAGAGAGUGCAAGAGGAAAAACUAAUAAUGACAUUUCGUGGGAGAUUCGAGUGAGUGAAUGGCUUUGCCAGCGCCGGAGAGAGCAGCUUCUUAAAUCAUCUUUGAAGGAAAAACCCAGGCUAAAACUUGGAUUUUUUUUUUUUAGAAAGGGAAACUUAGACACACCAACCAACACUACAGGUUGGCAAUUCAUCGCAACUAGUUGAACAAAUAUUUACCCGCUUGUUUGGAUAGCUUUUAUUAUUUUUCCUCCCGCACUUAAGCGAAGCAGCGGCGCUUAACCAGAAUGUUAUGUGUGUGUGUGUGUGUGUGUGUGUGUGUGAGAGCGUGUUUGUGUGUGUUUGUGUUUUAGUCUCAUUUCAACCCCACACAUAGAUUAGGGAGCAACCGAAAAUCUUUUCGGAAGAUCUUUCAAACUGGGAGAGGAAAGUUUGGAUUUGUGCUUCCAAAACACUAAAGUGAGAAUAUCUUCCCGAUAUCUUGGACUUAAAACCUGACACGGAUCUUCAUUCCCGGGAGAUGGCUCGCCUACCCCCGAGAAUCAUGUGGCUAUUCCUGCACUUGCUUACCCUUUCGUCCCUAAUCCAGGACUCCAGGCAGACCACGGCCCACUUCAGGACGUACGUGGAAAACCACACCAGACACUCGGACGACUUGAGCCGUAAACAAAUACGGAUCUACCAGCUAUACAGCCGGACCAGCGGCAAACACGUCCAGGUGCUGGGCAAGAAGAUCAACGCCAACGGGGAGGACGGUGGCAAAUACGCUCUUCUGGUGGUGGAGACCGACACCUUCGGUAGUCACGUGAGGAUCAAGGGGAAAGAGACGGGCCAUUAUAUCUGCAUGAGCAAACGUGGGAAGAUUCUCGGCAAGCUGAACGGGAAGAACCGCGAGUGCGUGUUCGUGGAAGAGGUGCUGGAGAACAACUACACCGCCCUGAUGUCGGCCAAGUACAAGGGCUGGUACCUGGGCUUCACCAGGAAGGGGCGCCCCAGGAAGGGCUCCAAGACGGAGCAGAACCAGAGGGAGGUGCACUUCAUGAAGAGGCUGCCCAAGGACAAGGAAGGCCACCACAAGCCUUUCAAGUUCACCACGGUGACGAAAAGAACUCGCAGGACCCGUCACCAGAGGCGAGGCAGAGGCUGAGGGAACCUCUGCCGACCAACCACCACUGACUGUCUUGGGAUAAAUAUUUGCGUUUGUUUUUU